UGGGUGCCGGGGCCGGGCCGGCGCCAGGCACAGACACUUCGGCCCUUGUUGGGAGAACAGAGAGAGGCUCUCUUGUCCACUGACCAUCCUCCGGCUCCAACCACUGGUUCUCCCCGCGGCCUCUCCUCAGGCUGUGCAGAGCCCACCUGCUCACUGUUACAAGAUGGACUCUAGCCCUGCUGGGACCCGCAGUCUGCAGCCCUCAAGGGCCAAUGGGAAUAUCAACCUGGGGCCUUCGGCCAACCCAAAUGCCCGGCCCACCGACUUCGACUUCCUCAAAGUCAUCGGCAAAGGAAACUACGGGAAGGUCCUACUGGCCAAGCACAAGUCCAACGGGAUGUUCUACGCAGUGAAGGUGCUACAGAAAAAGUCCAUCUUAAAGAAGAAAGAGCAGAGCCACAUCAUGGCGGAGCGCAGCGUGCUCCUGAAGAACGUGUGCCACCCCUUCCUCGUGGGCCUGCGCUACUCCUUCCAGACGCCGGAGAAGCUCUACUUUGUGCUGGACUAUGUCAACGGGGGAGAGCUCUUCUUCCACCUGCAGCGGGAGCGCCGGUUCCUGGAGCCCCGGGCCCGGUUUUACGCCGCCGAGGUGGCCAGCGCCAUUGGCUACCUGCACUCCCUCAACAUCAUUUACAGGGACCUGAAACCAGAGAACAUUCUUUUGGACGGCCAGGGACACGUGGUGCUGACGGAUUUUGGCCUCUGCAAGGAAGGUGUAGAGCCUGAGGAGACCACGUCCACGUUUUGUGGCACCCCAGAGUACCUGGCUCCAGAAGUGCUUCGUAAAGAGCCUUAUGAUCGGGCAGUGGAUUGGUGGUCCUUGGGGGCUGUUCUCUACGAGAUGCUGCACGGCCUGCCGCCCUUCUACAGCCAAGAUUUGUCCCAGAUGUAUGAGAACAUUCUGAACCAGCCGCUACGGAUCCCUGGGGGCCGGACAGUGGCCGCCUGCGACCUCCUGCAAGCCCUGCUUCACAAGGACCAGAGGCAGCGGCUGGGCUCCCAAACAGACUUUCUUGAGAUAAAGAACCAUGUAUUCUUCAGCCCCAUAAACUGGGACGACUUGUACCACAAGAGGCUGACUCCACCCUUCAACCCUAAUGUGGCAGGACCUGCUGACUUGAAACACUUUGACCCAGAGUUCACCCAAGAAGCUGUGUCAAAGUCCAUUGGCUGCACUCCCGACACUAUGGCCAGCAGUUCUGGGGCCUCAAGUGCCUUCCUGGGAUUUUCCUAUGCACCAGAGGAUGAUGCCGUCUUAGAUUGCUAGAAGAGAAGCACCUGUGAAACCACUGAAGCCAGCUUGUAUCUCCCCCUGCCCCAGGAAUUAUGGGGGAUGAAGCUGGAAGACCAUGGAAAACACACCAAUGACACUGACACUGACCUACUGGGGAUCAAAGCUGAGUCAAGAAGAGCUACUAUUAUCCUUUGAUAUGUGCUGUGAAUUCUGAGCGAAACACUAUGAUUUCCAUCUUAAUAGCGUCUGCUAAUAGACAAAUGUGAACUGUGAUGAGGGCGAAGCCAAAAUCCCAACUUCCCAAAGCAAAAAGCAACAGAGCGUAGUUGUCAGAAAUGUGAUAGUAUUGUCAAAGUAUACAACUUUCUAUGGGUUGUGAAACACGUAAUGGUUCUAUCUGCUCUAAGAUUGUAACAUCACAAAAUUUU